AUGGAGGCGGAAGAGAAGGGGAUGGUUCCGGAGAGUCAGGCGGGUUUUAGAAAAGGAAGGUCAACGGUAGAUAACAUAUUCGUGCUGAACCAUCUGAUUCAAAAGAUAAAAGGAAAAGGAGGUAAAGUGGAAAAGGUGUACGCGUUGUUUGCAGAUCUCAAGGCUGCAUUUGAUAAUGUGGAUAAGGAAAUCCUGUGGAGGAUUCUACAAGGAAAGGGAAUAAAAGAACAACUGAUAAGAAGAUUGGAAAAGAUUUACGAUGAAACGGAAGUUGUGGUGAGGACCAGUCAUGGAUAUACGGAGGAGUUCCAGACAUCAAAAGGAGUAAGGCAGGGAUGCGUAAUGAGUCUACUUCUGUUCAAUCUGUAUGUAGCGGAUUUAGCUGAGGUAAUGAAAAAGAGAGGAAUAGGAGGAAUAGAGGUAGAUAAGAUUAGGGUGUGGAAUUCAGAGUAUGCGGAUGAUAUUGUGAUGGUAGCGAGAAAUAGAGAUGCACUGAUAGAUAUGAUGAGCACAAUGAAAAGAUUCCUAAAGGAAAGAAAAUUAGAGCUAUGUACAGAUAAGACAAAGAUUGUAGUGUUUAAUAGCAAAAGAAAAGAAGGCAAGGAGAGCGUUAUGGCGUAUGGGGUAGAAAUUUGGGGAUGGGAAGAGAAGGUAGAGUUGGAAAAAAUAAUGAUGGACUAUAUUCGUUGGAUAUUUUCUAUAGAUUUCUGUACACUAAG